UCGCGGGCGGGCGCAGGCGGCUGAGCGGCGGGGCAGACCUUCCACACGCCAGUCAGCUGCUGGGGUGAGGGAGACUCAGCCACAACAACAACUGGGAAUGAGAUAAACGCCCCUUUUCAGGAGCGAGGAGCGAGGGGUUGUCACUUUUAAAGUUCCGCCCGUUUCCCCAUUGCCCUGGGAUGGACUCUGAAGACCUCCUGUGCCCCUCGUCGUGGUUAAUAUGUGUCCCCUCAACCUGACUUUUAGUGCCUGUGGAUUUUUGGGGAUUUACCACUUGGGGGCAGCAGGUGCUCUUUACCGACAUGGAAACAAGUUGCUCAGUAAAAUACAGAACUAUGCAGGAGCCUCUGGAGGAGCUUUGGUUGCAGCUGUUCUGCUUUUACAACCUGAAAAACUAGAGCAAUGCAAAGAAUUUACUUACGGAUUUGCAGCUGAUGUCCGGAAACAGAGACUUGGAGCUAUAACACCUGGUUAUGACUUUAUGAAGCAAUUGAGGGAAGGGAUGGAAUCCAUUCUUUCUGCUGAUGCCCAUAAGAAAGCUCAUAAACAGCUCCACGUGUCAAUCACAAAUGUCAAGACGCUGAAAAAUUGUUUGAUUUCCUCGUUUCCGACCAGGGAGGACCUCAUAACGGUUCUUCUCGCCAGUAGCUUUGUGCCAUUUUAUGCUGGGAUCAAGGCAGUGGAGUAUAGAGGAGAAACUUGGAUUGAUGGUGGGUUAACAAACAGGCUUCCAAUCUUAUCCACUGGACGGACCAUGACUGUUUCACCUUUCAGUGGAAAAUUGGAUAUCUGCCCUCAAGACAAAUCUCAAAGCAAUUUGUAUGUCACGAUUGCAAAGCAGGACUUUAUUCUGUCCAUUGCAAAUUUCGUGAGGCUCAGUCAGGCGCUGUUUCCACCGGGCCAAACGACGAUGGAGUCUCUGUAUCACAAGGGCUUCAACGAUGCUGUGACAUUUCUACAGAAUAAAGGCUAUUUUGAAUAGCUGCCUUAAUUUUACUAGGCUUUUUUUCUGUCUGAACACUGUAUCAUACAUCGACAAAAGUAGAAUAUUAAGACUGAAUAAGUCAAACUCUUGUUCUUAUUCAAUGGGGUUUUGAGAUUUUUUUGGGUGUUUUGGAGACCAUUUUCUCCUAUCUUUUAAAACAAAGUGGCCUUUAGUUAUAAGAUAUUGUUUAAAGCAACCUUGUUAUAAGCCUAUAUUUCCACCCUGCUGAAAAUACACAUUGUAAUUGCUUAAAUAUUUUUUCCAAGAUGCUUCUAACCUUGCCAUCGUGUGCUUACUUUAAAAUUAGCGAGGAAAGCAGUGAGAUAUGUGAUAGUACCAAAAGAGACUCAUUGAGCUCCAACUAUGAAUGAAAAUGCAGAGAUUAAAUCAGCCGGUGCAGUUGUUAGUGUCAGAUUUAAAACUGAUUAUCAUUAUUAGAACAAUGUACUUUUAACUCUAGGAUCUAUGCUGUGAUACUGCCCACACACAGAUGAAAGACUUUACUUCGCCUACAAGAAUUCUAUACUUAAUCGAGAUUGGGCGAUAUUAGUCCAUUUCUUAGUGGAAAUUGGAAAUGUCAUGCUUUUCUGAGGUUACGGUUAAAGGGUACUGUUGGGGCAAUGUAUAGGAAAUUAUGUCUUGAGGUAGAUUUUCAUCUUGUCGACUGGGCAUAAAACCGGAAGAGCGGAGCAUAGCUCAUUAUAGAAACCUCCAAAUUUACCUUUCCAUUGUACUUAAUGGAGAUGAAAUGGGGCAGUUUCUAUCUUAAAGGUGCAAUAGACACAGAAGUUGUUGUUGCAUAACAUGCCUGGGUGGCCAGUCGAAAAUUCAAGGCCCUUGUCUUCAACCUGUGUUGUACCUGACCUGUGAGUACUUGAUAUAAACACUGACUCAGGUUCCCAGUGCUGACAGCCCCUUGUUGAUUCACCAAUAAAAUACUCAUUUAAAAUUCUCCUUCGGGACUGACAUCACAGCUGGGUUGGUCAUUGAUGAAUUGGAGGAUUUAGUGUUAAUUUCCAGUUACAAAGUGGCGAUAGACUCGAAAGCUGAACAGUAUAAGCUACAGGAGGUUUUGAAUAUACUUGGGAAUUGAAAAGACAGAUGGCAGAUGAAAUUCAAUGUAGAGAAAUGCAAAGUAAUUCAAAUGGGGAACAAAAAGUCCAGGAAGGGUCUAUUAGUUCUUCUUCAGUUCUCUGCCUGAAGGCAGGUCUGAUCAACAGUGCCAUGAUUUCCACUACAGGUUGGGCAAGGAGGCAGAUCCCGAAUCCACCCCAUGCUGUUGGCAGCAAUCUGAUCUGGCCAACUGAGCCAACCAGCUUGGUAUGCUCGUUGUAGUCUGGAGCUAUGGAUAGUAACGGUGGAGGCUUCAGUUUCUUUCCAUCACAUGGCUGACCAGCAAUCUCUUCUGCUCUUACUGCCUGCCGUUGUGUGUUGGAAAGAUUUACAAGUUGAUGCUCAACCUGUUUGGUGGCGUUACAAGCAUGUCUUCCUUGGCCAUCAAGUCCUGGGAUGGGACUUGAACCUGGAGCUUCUGGCUUAGAGGCAGGGAUGCGACCCACUGCACCACAAGACCCCCACUAUUGGUUAAAUGUGUGGAAAAUGAGAGUGAUCUGAUUGACAAUAAUUGGAACUAAUGCAGUAGUGAGUAAAAUUUGGAUAUGUUAAAAGAUUAAUAUUGAGGUGAAAUUGUGAGGUUGCCCCACUGCUUUAGGAAUUAUUGGUGUGACCGCACUUAAGAGUAUUGUGUGAAGUUCUGGUUAUCACAGUACAAAAAUCAGCUAUUGAGUGGAUACAAAAAAGGAGGAAACAGAACGAUUGAAGGUAUGGAUUAUGAGGAGUGAUUGUGUAAAUUGGCAUGUUCUCACCAGAAAAGAGAAAGUUGAGAGUUGCUAUGAUUGCUAUAUGUUGGAUUCUGAAAGGAUGAGAUCCAUAGACUAUGGCCAGGACAGUAGAACCAGAGGACGUGGCCUGCACUUCAAGGAGGGUGAAUUCAAAACUAAUCUGUGGAAGCAAUAGUUCAGUUAGUGAAGUCGAUCUGUGGAAUCGGCUCCCAAGGGAGAUGGUGAAAAAAGAUAACAUUAAUUCAUUUAGACGUAAAGUAGACAGAUUUCUAUCAGAAAAUAAAAUGGGAUACAGUGUGUGAGUAAUUUGAGACGUGACAUGUGGUAAGUGCUUGGGAGGAACAGGUAACUUUGGCCCUGUGGUUCCAAAAGCUCUUUCACCAUUGUUGCACCCACGUCCUGGAGCGGGAUUUGAACCCAUAAUCUACUGACUUAAAGGCAAGAGUGCUAUGUCCUACCCAAAUGGAUAGUGGUCGGGCUCUUUUUAAAAAAAAAACAGUAAGGACAAUUAUAACUACCCCCUCCACCCACCAUCACCACCACCACCAUCAUUUCUGAUUGUUGCCAUGGCACAAAGCUGUUAAUUGCACACAGCAAGUACCUUCUGAAUCUACCUGCAUCUUUGCUGGUAAUGGCCCUCUCAGUUCCACACCCGGGUAUCUCCGCUUUAACAUGAUCCAAAAUGAUAAUGAAGACAUCAACUCUCAAAAUGCUAAAUGUGAUUUAAGUAAUUUCAACUCAAAAGCAAAAUCUAUUUUUGAGCUGUUGACUGCGUAUGACUUCAUGAUCUGGUGUAAUUUUUUUAUGCUGCAUUGUAAUUCUGCAUCGAUGCCGCAAUAAAAUGAAUGUACGGCG